CGGAUUCAGUAAAUUCAACCCUGCACUUUUGGUGUGCGUUGCUGCUUAGCAGGUGGAAAUCUCAAUAUAAUACGAAAUCACAAGUAGCCGUCUUUCACAUAUACUCUACACACAUCGGAGGAAGCUGACACGCACGAAACGAGUACAUUUCAUGUCAGUUGCACUGCACUUGAUUCUAACGUGAUCGCAGGUUUAAGUUAGGCCCUAAUAUCUGGUAAGGAUUGAACUAUCGCCCGAUACAUAAAACUCACUAUGCCCUUCCCACGUGCCAUGGCUUCUUCUACGAUCAGUAUGCGGCGACAGGAUUCAGGGAUCUCUCUUAAUGGAGACAACGGGGUACUAUGUGAUAGUAUAUCAGGCAAUAUUCCGCAAAGCUCAGCGACGAUAAGCAGCAAUGUACAUAAUGAUAUAGUUUAUUCCAAAUCAAUGGGCAGCUACACGGAUCCAGAUGAGAGGCAUCCCGGGAUGAUUCGUUUCCUGUCUGAAGAUGUGCCAGCAGAUAUUAUAGGUCAUUUAGCAUUUGUAAUGCACAAUAUAUGGGAAACGAAUCGCCCGAUCGACGUUCUCCGCCAAUAUAUAGCCCGUAUGACGGUGGAUAUGGAAGUUGAUUACACAGUGGUCAUUGCUUCUGUAAUCUACCUGCAAAAGCUGAAGGUGAAAUUUGCAAAGAGCCGGAUAGAUACUUCCAAAGUGUCAACACGACAAAUGUUUCUAGCAGCUGUUUUGAUUGCAAGCAAGUAUUUCUGCGACGUGCCCUUCUCGAACAGUCAAUGGGCCCAGUCUGCGAAAGUGGACUUGGCACACAUUAAUACGUUGGAAAAGGAAACGUUAGUCGCCCUAGAAUACAAUUUGCACAUCGAACCUGAACUGCACAGAAAGGUUAAAAAGUAUUUCGAGCGUGUUAUGCAUCAACAAAAUAUUGCGCGGGAGCAAAAAAUAUUGAACUUGAAUCGUAAGCGCUCGGAAUUGUGCCUGGAGAGACCUGUUGUCACAGCUUCAGGCAUAAAACGAAAACCAAACAACUACCUCUCUUGCUCGAAUCUGAGUACAUCACCAAACUCUCCAGUAAUGUAUACGGAAUCAGAAACUGGUAGAUCUGUAUCAACACACACAGCGACACCCCGCUACAUGACCGAGGGAGUACUAGACGAACCAAGCCGCAAACGGAGCAGUCCUACAAAAAUAGUUGACCAUGACCAUGAUCCACAGAUACACUCAAACAGUAGCGACCAACUCACUUCAGCUUCCCACAAGACCAUUGAAAAGAGAAAGAGCAUUCGUAGCGCCAGCAUGUCUAGCUCGACGUGUUCAACAGCUUUUAUCUCAUCGGUUACCGCGCCCUUAAAAGCGAUGCCAUUACCACCAUUGCCAAUGUCAAUGGCCGAAGCAGCUGUACAGGCAACGAGACGCGGUAUGUAUAUUCCGAGAAAUAUGACUUCGAAUGGAAGGAAGCGCCCUGUGUUUCCUGCGUCUAAGCUGGGCGAAAUCACUUCUAUCCCAGUACGAAUGCCCGUGUCAGCCCUUGUGCCUGUUUCAGAACUUUCAUCGACCACAACUAUAUUUAGAGAUAGUAGUGUCGGCAUAGAUAUCUCUGAAUCAGCACAUCCCAGCAAAACGACAUCGUUAGAACAUUGUGCUCUCGGUGCUGAAAUCGAGGAGGCACCUACGGGCGAGCAAUUGGAAAACUUCAUGACCACGAAACAACCCAUCGACUGGGCUAUGAAAGAUGGAGAUACUUUACCUUACUCAUACAACUAUGAUGCGCCUGGUUCAAACUCAGAUUGUACCCAAGUGUCGGAGGAACAAUAUAUGGCAGAUGCAACUCCAAUGGGUAUCAAGCCGAAUACAUCCCGUCCUUUUAACAUAGAAAAUCCACUCGCUAUCAUGAAGAAACACACAACAUAUACACGUGCGAAUGUGAGCGUGCAACACCCAAAACAAAACGACAGUGAUGUUAUGAGCAUGGGCCAACUAGAUCCAUAUGCACCGACUAAGGGUGUAUACAGGGUCGGGAGCAGUGUCGCACAAAGUGCUGUCGAUUACAUCGGUAUCGGUACCCUUAUAUAGUUAUAUAUCUCUGGAAGUCGGUGAAUAUAUAUCAAAAUGACACAACUGUGAUUAUCCGUUCAGGCUGCAGUUUGUAUGUAUUGGGCGCGGACAAUAGUACUUACGCGCCAACCCCAAGAAUUGAAAUAGCAUGUAUGUAUGUUGAACAUAUAAAUGUAUUCAGUAUACAUGAUACUGCUGUACACCUCAGAUGCCGGAGAGCCGGGCAGACACCAUAAAAUAGAAAAUAGAGACAUUUCCAGCGAUAGAAAUAGAGCCAGUCUCCCAAAGAACAUAAGAAUGGAGCAUGUAUAACACUUCACAAUGAUAUAUAACACCACAUCCUUCACACUUUCAUCUGAAUCUCGAAAAGCACUAAAAUAAAGUAAAAAUAAAACAUCGAAACAUAUAUCGCA